AUGAAUAUAAACGAUUUUCUAGCGGCUCCUGAAAUUGUUCGUCGUCUUACUUCACAAGAUGCAUUUGAGAACGAGACUGUUACAUUUACAUGUACAGUACAGGAUGUUGAUAAUACUAAUGAAGAUGAACCUUAUUCAAUAUCAUGGUUUUUUAAUGAUAAACAAAUUGAAUCAAAUAAUGAAAAAUAUUCAAUUGAUGAAAAUCCGAAAACAGGCAUUUGCUUAUUAACUAUAAGACAUAUUGUACCAGAUGAUGAAGGUGCAUAUCGAUGUGUAGCAACAAAUCAAUAUGGGUCAUCAGUUACUACUGGAUUUCUUGCAGUUUUAAGGAGAAAACGAUCUCAGUCACCAUCUCCUAGUCGUAAUGCAAGUCCGAGUCGAGCAUUAAGUCCAUCAAAUAAUCGUUUACGUGAUCGAAGUGCUUCACCAUUACGAUAUAUUAAUAUGCCUAUGUCAAAAUUAGCAAGAGUUACUGAAGAACUUGAAAGUCUGAUUAAUCCAUCUGCAGCAAUUGUUCAUGCAGAUGAAAAAAUAAAAGAACCAAUUAAAGAAUCGGAAGAAGUACCAACAUCUAGUCAAGAAAAUGAACCAUCUAUAACGGAAACUAUUAAAUUAGAAGAUAGUAUUAAUCUUCCACAAGCUCCCACAACAACUGUAACAACAGAGGAAAUACCAGUUUCGAUUAAAACAACAGAAGAAGUACCAACAUCUAACGAACAACAAGAACUACCUGCAACAACAGAAGACAUACCAGUAACGAUUAAAACAAUAGAAGAAGUGCCAGUAUCUAUUAUGCAAAAAGAAUUACCUGAAACAAUAGAAGAACUACCAGUAACGAUUAAAGCAAUAGAAGAAGAACCAGUAUCUAGUAAACGAAAAGAAUUACCUCCAACAACAGAAGAAGUACCAGAAUCUAAUAAACGAAAAGAAUUAUCUUUACCAGCAACAGUCGAACUUGAGCAAAGUAUUAUUCCUUCUCCUACGAUUUUAACGCCAGUCACAAUAACACCAGUAGAAGAAAAUAAAUUAGAUAUCAGUACAAUUGAAGAACAAGUACAACCAAUUAUUGUCUCGAAAUUACCUUCUAUAGUACGAAUAACCGAGGGUGAAGAUCUUGAUAUUAGCUGUUCCAUUACAGGUGUUCCUGAACCGGUGAUACAUUGGACUAAAAAUAAUGUUGAUAUUCGAGAAGAUCAUCGUAUUGAUAUUUAUUCCGAUCGUGGUGUACAUCACUUAGAAAUUAGUGAUGUUUUAGUGUCUGAUCAAGGUCUGUAUACAAUACAUGCAGAGAAUUCAUUAGGUACAAUCAAUGCCGAUUGUCAAAUUGAAGUUAUUGAAAAUGUUGAUAAAGUUAAACGAUUGAAAGUCGAAGGAUUAUAUACUUAUGGCUCACGCCAACAAACAUAUAAAGCACCAGAAUUUCUUAUUAAACCAAAAAAUCGUAUAGUUCACGAAGGUGAACAAUUUCAAAUAUGUUCAAAAGUGAUUGGUAAUCCAGCACCACAAAUUCUUUGGGUUCGUUUGGAUAAGCCAUUAGAAGAUGAUGGUUAUCAUAGAAUUUAUGAUCGUAAUGGUGAAAAUUAUCUUGAAAUUCCAAAAAUUUCUAUUCUGGAUGCUGGGGAAUAUUCUUGUAUUGCUACAAAUAUGAUGGGAGCGGCUUAUAGUAAAUUUGUUGUAUCCGUUGAAGCGAUGACUGAACCAGAAUCAACUAGUUCAGAAAUGGAAGAACGUUCGGCUAAUGUCUCAGAUGUUGAUACAAAUGCUGUGGUCGAUUUUCCUCGAUCAAUUGCUUCACAAUUAAUUGAUAAACAUGUACGACAACAUCGUCAAUUGAAAUUAUCUGAUCAAUCCGAUGUGGAUUUUUUCUUUUCUGAUUUUAUCUUAAAAGAUGAUUUUCGUGAUGAAGCACGAGAUGUAUUUAUGAAUAAAGGUGAUAUGGUUGAAAUAGUCGAUAUUGAUAAACAAGAUAAAUGGCUUGUUAGAAAUAAGAAAAAUUUAAAUCAGAUUUGUUAUGUACCUCCAGAAUUUCUUGAAAUGGUACCUGAUAUUGAUAUGAGUCCAACACUAUCAAAUUUAGCUAAUCUUGAUACCAUUCAACCAAUUGUACCUAGCAAACGAAUAUUUACAAAAAAGUCCGGUGUAGUGACUAGCAAUAUCGACAAACGAUACAAUCCACUUAAUCAAGAAGAACAAGAUUCAUCAUCUAGUAGUGAUGAUUUAAAAACAAUGACAGAGGAAGCGGAAGUAUAUUAUGCUAAUUCUGAUUAUGUCCCUAUACGUCCUGAUGGAAUAGCACUAGCUGAAAAUCAACUUGUCGAUGUGCUUGAUUCACAUGAUCCCGCACAAUAUCUUGUUCGUACUCGACCUCGAAAAGAUGAACGACCAAAAAUAGGUUGGGUUGAAGCAUGUUUUCUCGAAAAGAAAUCAACAAAUAUAGGACAGGUGAGUAAAUAUAAAUUUCAUCUUGUUUAUUUCAUUACUUACGCAUAUCACUACUGA